AUGUCGCGAAGCCACCGCCCGUCGACGACGCCCAUGGACUUUGAGUGGACCAACCAGACUGGCCCCAUCGACGCACAAUCGCCCUUUCUUGCGGCCAGCCAGCACAAGAAGCGUAAGCAUAUCCACUGCCUGUCCCGAGACUCUCUACGUCCCCACUCCGUCAUCGACUCCCCCUCCAAAGGCGGCUUUGCGACGCCAACUCGUUUACGCGACCCCGACAACCGCAUGACAUUCUUCAGCCGCGACCCCAGCAAGCCGCUCCCCUCAACCCCAGCAUCGUCGCUCCCCGCACACAUCCAGCCGAGCCCCUGGUCGAUGCGCACGCCCUCACACGACAUCGACUUCAGCUCGGGUGGCGAGACACCGGGCACCCCUCAGAUCGACAGCGACAUCGGCACACCAGACACACAAUUGGCAAGCAGGAUGGGGCGCCUGGGCAAUGGCGAUACAGACAGGAAGGGCGGGCGCCGCGACAGCUGGUUCAAGCGCACCUUCAUGUCGACGCCGAGCCCGACUAAGGAUCGAGAACGGGAGCGGGAGCGGGAGCGGGAGAGAGAGCAGGACAAGGAUCAGUCUCCAAAGUACUACUCCAAAAAGGCCGAGAACCGCAUAGUCAAGCGCCGCUCAGAGCGGCCGCGAUCCAAGAAGCGGACCGCCCUCCGUGACGACGACGACGACGACGGCGGCGACGACUCAGACAUGGAUCAGGGUCGCCCGCUCAUCCCGCCCAAGGACGCGGGGCCUGUCCAGCAAACCUUCGCCAUGAGCCUCGGAGGCUUCUUGUCGUGGGUGGAAGCGCAUCCCAACCUCCCUUCGGUGCUCUCGUACUACCUCCAACUCACCGUCAACAUGUUCCUCGGCAGUCUCUUCAUCUACAUUGUCUACUCGGCAUGGGCGGGUGUAAUGACCGACGUGGACAUUGAAUCUUCCAGGCACGCUUCAGAAAUCAUGGUGGAGAUUGCGGCCUGCGCCACCGAAUACAACCGGAAUCGUUGUCGACCAGAGGAAGUGGUGCCGGCCAUGGAGAAGGCCUGCGGCGUGUGGGAGACGUGCAUGAACCGCGACCCCAAAAAGGUUGCGCGGGCCAGUGUGACGGCCAAGACAUUCGCCAUGAUAUUCAACAGCUUUGUGGAAGAGUUUAGCUACAAGUCGAUGGUCUUUACAGCCAUCAUCAUCUUUGGCGGCUUUAACCUCUCGAACUGGGCCUUUGGCCUCAUCCGCUCCCAACAACAACAACAACAGCAGCAACAGCAACAGCAACAGCAGCAACAUCAAUCCCAAAACGACUUUAUCCCCCAAACACCCCACCGUGUAGGAUCAAACUCGUACAUGGAUCCCCACCAACAGCAGGGCUACCCCUCUGCCUACCAGCCAACCUGGCAGCAAUUACCGCCCUACGCCCAGCAACAGCAACAACAACAGCAGCAAAAUAACACUCCCUACACGGGCCAACGACACAUUGAGCACCCGCCCCUCGUCCAUGCACAUACCAUGCCCCAGCUUCCCACCAGCAGCUCCGACGCGCUGGAAACAACAAGUAGCAAGACGCCCAGGAGGAGGUUACUCCGGUAG